UCUUCAUCCUUCCCAAAGCAGAACAUUCCAGAGAAAGAGAAGUGUGAGAGACUGAGUGGCGGAGACGACGAGAGUGAUCGACGGUGGAACGGCGGUGGAACGCGACGACGAGGACCGACGGUGGAACGCGACGACGUGAGAGAAGAAGGCGCCAGCGACCUACGAGAUGAGUCAAACAAGUGCUUAUGGCCCUUACACACCUGGUUUCAAUACUGUGAUAAAGUUAAACCUGGAUGACGUGGAAGUUCCAGUAGAGUUUAUUGCACAAUACAAAUCUAUGCUGGGAAAUCAUGUUGUGGUUAGGGAUCCUGUAGGGGGGGAGUUCACCUUUCAGUUGGUUGUGGGUAAUAAUGGAGGUUUGCUCAUUGAUGCUGUGGUCAAGUUUGUAAAAAUGUAUGAUUUGAAAAGAAAUCAUUGGGCAGAUUUCUCCUAUUGUGGAAAGAACAAGUUUUCUAUCAGGAUAUUUGAUAGACUGAUGAAUCAAAUAAGCUAUGGUGCUGGCCCUUCUGUAAGGCAACCUGAUGUUGGGAGUUCAGGUAAGAAUGGUGAAGAGGUGGUUGUGUCUGAUGUUGGUGAUAAGGAUGAAGUUGGUGGGGAAGUUCCAGUGGAUGAUGUCGGUGGUAAGGUUGAAGUUGGUGGGGAAGUUUCAGUUUCAGUGGCUGAUGUUGGUGAUAAGGAUGAAGAUGUUUAUGGAUGUGGAUAA